AUGCCUGACUUUUCAUACAUACGUGGAUGUGUGCCGGAUGCGGGAGUUCUAGAUGCCUCCAAUCCCUCAAACAUUUUCCUCAAACUUUGGAUCGACGGUGCGACAACUCUUGACGGAAUCGCCAACAAACCGUGGGUACCUGACGACAUCAACCACGCUGUCGACACGGAGAUCCUUGAUGGGGACAACGAUUUCCCAUAUGCAAUCUACAUGGCAGCCAGGUUGCGGCUCAAAGCUCGAAAAGAGUCCAAGUCCUUCAGAGACUCCUGCAACACAACUAAUCUACCGCCAACGAGUGCCACAGCGACAGAGGACGUAAAGAAGCUGCUUCUGCAGUUUGUGCACUUUGCGCACGUCCUGGGCAUCCAGCCCCUGAUGAAGGCGGUCAUGCACGCUCUAUGCAGCGCGGUCUAUCGCAGUCCCGAGGGACGCUGA